GACAGUGGAAUACAAAACCAUAAUGAACUUUACAGCUUAAUAAUUGGAUUAAACACAAUAUUUUCUGGUUGGUUGAUGGUUCGUAGUGCCAUUCUGAAUUUGCUUUGCUACACCCAAAUCCAAUACUCACCUGAAAAAAAUGGUUGAAGUUGAAGAAAGAGAUGGACAAACCUCUCCUCUGCUCACCGAUUCUGCAUCUUCAUCCGCAAAUUCUCAUAAUAACUCCAUAAAAAGAACAGGAACUGUAUGGACAGCAAUUGCCCAUAUAAUAACUGGAGUUAUAGGGUCUGGAGUGUUGUCAUUGGCAUGGAGUGUAGCUCAGCUGGGAUGGAUUGCAGGCCCAAUAUGUAUGGUGAUGUUUGGAAUAAUCACUAUAAUUUCAUCAAAUUUGCUCUGUAAUUGUUACAGAUAUCCUGAUCCUGAAGUUGGGCACAUCAGAAAUAGGUCUUAUGCUGAAGCUGUGAGGUCUUACUUAGGAAAGAAGAACAUGUGGGUGGCAGGAUCGUUUCUUCAAGAAAGCUAUUUUGGCUAUGGGACUGCUUAUACAAUAACAUCAGCCAUCAGUAUGAGGGCAAUUCUGAAAUCAAAUUGCUACCACAAGAAAGGGCACAAUGCUCCAUGUGAAUAUGGUGAAAAUUUGUUUAUGUUGAUAUUUGGAGCUGUACAAGUACUAUUCUCUCAGAUACCUGACUUCCACAACAUGGAGCUGCUCUCAAUAGUUGCAGCAAUCAUGUCCUUUGCUUAUACCUUCAUUGGACUCGCACUUGGUUUUGCAAAAGUAGUAGAAGAUGGAGAAAUCAAGGGAGAUAUUACUGGAGUAUCUACAGCUACAACGGCUCAGAAAGUAUGGCUCUCCUCACAAGCAAUUGGAGAUAUUGCUUUUGCUUUCACCUACAACAUAAUUCUUCUUGACAUUCAGGAUACUCUAAAGGCACCGCCGCCAGAGAACAAGACAAUGAAAAAGGCAUCAGCUACAGCUAUACUUAUUACCACAUUCUUCUUUCUCUGCUGUGGAUGUUUUGGAUAUGCUGCUUUUGGCAACCAGGCACCUGGAAAUCUAUUGACAGGCUUUGGAUUUUAUGAACCCUAUUGGCUUGUUGACUUUGCCAAUGCGUGUAUAGUUCUUCAUCUUGUGGGAGGAUAUCAGAUCUACAGUCAGCCAUUAUUUGCAGUAGCUGAGAGAUGGAUUUCAAAUAAGCAUCCAAAUAGUGAAUUCGUAAAUAAAGAACGCAGAAUUAAGCUCCCAUUACUGCCGGAUUUCAAGUUGAAUCUUCUUCGACUGUGUUUCAGAACUGCUUAUGUUGCGUCUACAACAGGGCUGGCUAUUCUUUUUCCUUACUUCAACCAAGUUUUAGGAGUUCUUGGUGCUUUAAAUUUCUGGCCUUUGGCUAUUUAUUUUCCAGUCGAGAUGUACCUUGCACAGAACAACAUUCGAGCUUGGACAGGAACAUGGACAGUUCUUCAGGCUUUCAAAAUAUUUUGCUUGCUAUGCACUAUUUUAGCUUUAGUCGGGUCGCUUGAGGGACUUAUAAGCAACAAACUAAGCUAGAAGUUAUUGAUAUGCUGAGUGAUUUCGUGGGAUGGAAAAUAUUAACUUCAUGUUUGGUAAGGAAUAUUAAAUCGUCCUCAAUGGUAGAAUGGACGAAAUUUUAGUGUUUUUUUAAUUUAAUAUUAUAAACUACUUUAUCAAAUAAGCCAUAAGUGGAUUUGUAUAGACCAAAAGAUUGAUGCUUGACGGUGGUGUAUUUUCUAUACCUAUCCGGAUUGUUAAAAGUGGACAUUUGGGAGUCAAUUGAUAAUAUUACAACGUAAUUUAGUUA